AUGGGCAAAACUUGGUUCUAUGGCGAUUCUAUUCCAUUGGGGACAAUAGAGUCGGCCAUGGCCGAUCAUCAGGUGAGGAGCUGCCUGGCUACAGACAAAGCCUUGCAAGAUUACGCGGUCAUUAUCCAGAGUCUGAAAGUCAACUACUCUGCCCGUAAUUCACCUGUCAUCGUUAUGGGUAUCGGAUAUGCCGGAGCUUUAGCGACGUGGUUCCGGUUGAGGUACCCGGAGAUUGCAAUUGGGGCCCUCGCCUCGUCAACACCGUUGUUGUACUACGGUAAUAGUACAACAUCUGAUGGGUAUUGCUCCAUCGUGAGCAAUGACUUUAAGGAUGUGAACCCGAAAUGCUAUGAGUCAAUACGCCGUUCAUGGAAAGAAAUCGAUGACAUUGCUAUUAAACCAAACGGGUUGGCCGAACUCACCAACAUUUUCAAUACUUGCAGGCCGUUACAGUCGUCUGAGGAGAUCAAACAUUGGCUGGCACAAAUGUACUCUGCAGCUGCACAGUAUGAUGAGCCUAACAAUCUCGGGGUGAAGACCAUCUGCGAUUAUGCAGUCAACAAGCCCAGUUCGAUUGACGGAGCAGCUACUGCCAUCCGUGGAAAACUAAUAAUGGAAAACUGUUUGCCAAAUCACAUAAUCGGAGUCAAGUCUCCAUUCAAGCCUUUUGCAAAUGACACAGUUGCUUGGGAAUGGCAGCGAUGCAAGCUCAUCUUCCCGGUGGGAUGUCUCGAGGAGACCAUGCUUCCCGCCAAACCUUUUAACUUCAUCGAAUUUAAAAAAUCAUGCCAGUCAAGGUUUGGAGUUUUACCAAACCCACAACCACCGAUUAGCUUCUUCGGUAGUAAGGUCGUGAGUAAAGCAGACGACCGACGUCAGAAGGCUGGCGACAAGGUUAUGAGGAAAACAGAAGGAUGA